GUCGCCUUGGACGUGACCCCGCGGACGCUCGACGACGCGACGCGUCAGUACGUCCGCGCGACGCUCGUCUUGACCCUCGACGCGUCGUACCCGGAGUCGUCGCCGUCGAUCAAUUUGACGGACGCGCGCGGGCUCGACGACCGCAGGCAGGGCGUCGUCCUCGACGCGCUUCAGACGGCGCGCGUCGAGUGCGCCUCCGCGGGAGAUCCCGUCCUCGCGCUCCUCUGCGAGACCGCGUUCGAGACGAUGACGACGCUGAAUCACCCGGACGGCGACUGCGUGUUCUGCCUAGACGCGGUCGCGCGCGCGGCGGGCGAGGAGGAGGACGAGGAGGGCGGCGGCGGCGGCGACGGCGGCGGCGGCGGCGGCGGCGGCGACGAGAACGUCGUGAAGAUGACGCGGUGCUAUCACUGCUUCCACGCGGCGUGCUUCGCGCGGUGGUGGCGAUGGAGGCUCGAGACGCGCGACGAAGACGCGCGCGCGAGCGGUCCCGCG